AUGAAGGAAGAAGCACAAAGGCACAUCAAGCUGACCCCAUCUCAAACAACCCCAGUGGUGCUGGUGGUAGGGGACCCAGGUCGUGUUGACAAGGUAAAGGUGUUAUGUGACUCGUACAUAGAUUUGGCAUUUAAUAGAGAAUACAAAAGUGUUGAGUGCACGUACAAAGGGCAAAAGUUUUUGUGUGUGAGCCACGGAGUUGGAUCAGCAGGAUGUGCAAUCUGUUUUGAAGAGCUCAUGAAUAACGGAGCAAAGGUAAUCAUUCGUGCUGGUUCUUGUGGGUCUCUCCAACCAAAUGAAAUAAAAAGAGGAGACAUCUGCGUAUGUAACGCAGCCGUACGGGAGGACAGAGUAUCUCACCUAAUGAUUCAUGCAGACUUUCCAGCUGUCGCCGAUUACGAGGUAUACGACACAUUAAACAAAGUUGCACAGGAAUUAAAGGUCCCCGUUUUCAAUGGAAUUAGUUUGUCUUCUGACCUGUACUACCCCCACAAGAUCAUCCCAACGAGGCUGGAGGAUUACUCAAAGGCUAAUGUCGCUGUUGUGGAAAUGGAAGUAGCAACCUUAAUGGUUAUGGGUACUCUGCGAAAGGUAAAAACGGGAGGAAUCUUUAUCGUUGAUGGGUGCCCCUUUAAAUGGGAUGAAGGCGAUUUUGAUAAUAACCUCGUUCCAGAAAAACUUGAAAAUAUGAUUAAGAUAUCUCUGGAGGCAUGUGCUCGCUUGGCCAAGAAGUAUUAG